GUAUUUUCGAUGCACAAAAUUUACUUCGAUUAAUUAUUUAACUACUAUUUACAGUGUAAAAAAUCAUUAUAAUCAGCUUUAUGGGAGAAUUAAUAUCUAAAAAUAACAAAGUUUUGGCCCAUUCAGUUACGAACACUCCGUAAAAUUAGGUUUUAUCAGUUUGGUUUUUCACUACUGUUAUUUUACCCAAAUCCCUCAAUUUCUUCGUCCCUUAAUCGUCUAACCGGCCGUCGAAUCUCACCGUCUCCGACGAUCGUCGCCGAGCAUUUUGUACAGGAUCGGUGUGUCUGCAUUUCGGGAGUCCUUCCUUUCCGAAUUUCCACAGGAUCAGUCCGCAUUGCCUGCCUGCCUCGUUCCCGAUUUUGAUGGUCUCUUUCACCACCGUGGCCCUCCGGCUUGCUGUAUUUCUCCGAUGAGCGGUUCCUUCUCUCGUUACAAUGGCGUGCAUGAAGCUGGGAUCGAAAUCUGAGGCCUUCCACCGGGAUGGCCAUAACUGGUUUUGCUCAUCUGGGCUGCAAAGUGAUUGCAUAGUUGAAGUCGGAGAAUCGUCGUUCCAUCUCCACAAGUUCCCAUUGCUCACCAGAAGCAAGCUGUUGGAAGAUCUCAUAGCAGAACAAUCUACCGACAACGGAACUACUUGCAUCCUUCAGCUCGACGAUCUCCCUGGUGGAACAAACAGCUUCGUGCUGGUGGCCAAGUUCUGCUAUGGUGUCCGAAUUGAGCUUGAUGCACUCAACAUAGUCCGUCUCCGAUGUGCAGCAGAGUACCUUGGCAUGACCGAAGAAUAUGGCGAAGGAAACCUCAUAUCACAGACAGAAAAUUUCCUGAAAGAGGUAUUCAGCCACUGGACAGACUCUCUUCAGGCUCUAGAAACUUGUGAAGAAGUUCUUCCACUAGCAGAAGAGAUCCACAUUGUCUCGAGAUGCAUCAACUCGUUAGCAAUGAAAGCUUGUGCUGACCCAAGUUUGUUCAGCUGGCCAAUGUCAGCACGCAGCAGAGAUGCUCCUCAGAGCCCUGAGGAAGGAAAUGUGUUCUGGAAUGGGAUUUGGACUUCAGGGAAGUCGAAUUCAGCAGGUGAUGAUUGGUGGUACGAGGAUGUUUCGUUCCUUACACUACCACUAUACAAGAGAUUGAUUCAGGCAGUGGUCUCGAAUGGUAUGAAACCCGAGAAGGUGGCUGGCGCCCUAAUGUGUUAUGCUAGGAGGUACUUGCCUUUGCUUGGACGACAGUCGAGCUUCCAGAAUGUGAAGCAGGAUGCACUUGGUUCGACAAUUAAGACGACUCCACAGGCGGAUCAAAGGAAUCUGCUUGAAGAGAUUGUGGAGCUUUUGCCUGAUCAGAAGGGCAUUGCUCCAACUAAGUUUCUACUCAGGCUUUUAAGGACCGCGAUUCUGCUCCAUGCUGGGCCAUCAUGCAGAGAGAAUUUGGAGAAGAGGAUUGGAGCCCAGUUGGACCAAGCGGUUUUGGAAGAUCUUCUGAUACCGAAUGUGGGUUACUCGAGUGAGACUCUGUAUGAUAUUGAUUGCGUCCAGAGGAUGCUUGAUCAUUUCAUGAUGGUGGACCGCUAUGAUCCUCCGACAACAAAUUUCAUGUUGGAUGAGGGUCAGCUUCUUGGUGGUGAUGGUGGUGGAUCGCAGUCAUUUGCUCCAGUAACAUUGGUUGCAAACCUUAUUGAUAAUUUUCUUGCGGAGGUUGCUCCUGAUGUCAACUUCAGGCUAGCCAAGUUCCAGUCACUGGCUGCAUUGAUUCCUGAUUAUGCCAGGCGAAUUGACGAUGGAAUCUAUCGUGCGAUUGAUAUCUACCUUAAGGCUCAUCCAUGGCUGACUGAUUCCGAGAGGGAGCUUCUCUGCAGGCUAAUGAACUGCCAGAAGCUCUCCCUCGAAGCAAGCACUCACGCAGCACAGAACGAGAGGCUCCCACUUCGCGUCAUUGUCCAAGUAUUAUUCUUCGAACAGCUCAGGCUACGGACCUCAGUGGCUGGGUGGUUCUACGUUUCUGACAACCUCGAGAACUCGCAGAACCUGGCAUUGACGAGGAACGACGAUGGGAUACAAGAACACGGGGAAGAGGUUGAUGUGAGGGAGAGAAUCGUGGAGCUGGAAAAGGAAUGCAUGAGCAUGAAGCAAGAGAUCGAGAAGCUGAUGAAGAACAAAGGGAGCUGGAACAUGUUUCUGAGGAAGUUGGGGUUUGGCAAAACGAAGAAGGCAAAUGGCGCUCAAAAACCCAGAAACGGUAAGGAAUCUUCGGCCAUGGAGGAUUCCACGACGCCAUUGAUGGACGGUGGUGGAGUUGUGGAUGAUGGUAAUAGGAACAAUGGGAAGUCAGGGAGGUUGGAUUGAUUUUGAAGAUAUAAUGAGAAAAUGGUGAUUGAUUCUGUUUUCUCAUUCUUUUUGUUGGGAUGAAAUAAUAGUGUGAUUCAUUUUGUGUGACUACUCUUUUUUUACAAUUGUUACCAUAAAUGAUCUAAUUGGAGGAGUGUUUUCCACUUUUGCUAGAUUGGGUUUAAGCUAAUGGUGUAAAAUUGUAAAUUAUGAAGGUGGGAAUGAUGGUGGUAAGGCAACUCAAAUAUUCAUUUCAGAACUUUCUUUCAUA